UGUAGCAGUAGCAGGUGUGACGUCACGUAGCAGGUCUGAUCAUCAUCGCAGAGGUGAACAGAUCUCUUACUGAAGACGUCAAGGACGACUGACCUGUAGCAUCCAUUUGAGCUGUGGGUGAGUUCCUGUGGCCUGCAGCACCAUGGGGGAGUUAUUCCGCAGUGAGGAGAUGACUCUGGCCCAGCUCUUCCUCCAGUCUGAAGCGGCCUACUGCUGUGUCAGUGAACUGGGAGAGCUGGGAAUGGUCCAGUUCAGAGAUCUCAACCCAGAUGUGAACGUGUUCCAGAGGAAGUUUGUGAAUGAAGUGAGACGUUGUGAGGAGAUGGACAGGAAACUCAGGUUCGUAGAGAAGGAAAUUAAGAAAGCUAACAUUCCAACAAUGGACACUGGUGAGAAUCCCGAAGUCCCAUUCCCACGAGACAUGAUUGACCUAGAGGCAACCUUUGAGAAGCUGGAGAAUGAGCUGAAAGAGAUCAACACUAAUCAAGAGGCCCUGAAGAAGAACUUUCUAGAGCUGACAGAACUCAAACAUAUCCUCAGACGUACCCAGCAGUUCUUUGAUGAGAUGGAGGAUCCAAACCUUUUGGAAGAAUCAUCAUCUCUGCUAGACCCCAGUGAGGCUGGUCGAGGUGCCCCGCUGCGACUAGGGUUUGUGGCUGGGGUUAUAAACCGGGAGAGAAUACCCACGUUUGAAAGGAUGCUGUGGAGAGUCUGCCGUGGAAAUGUCUUUUUACGUCAGACAGAGAUUGAGGACCCUCUUGAGGACCCCACAACUGGAGACCAGGUGCACAAAUCUGUGUUCAUCAUCUUCUUCCAAGGAGACCAGCUGAAGAACAGAGUGAAGAAGAUCUGUGAAGGGUUCCGUGCAUCUCUGUACCCGUGCCCUGAGACCCCUCAGGAGAGGAAGGAAAUGGCAGCAGGUGUCAACACCCGCAUUGAUGACCUCCAGAUGGUACUGAAUCAAACGGAGGACCACCGGCAGAGGGUUUUGCAGGCCGCUGCGAAAACCAUACGUGUGUGGUUUAUCAAAGUGAGGAAGAUGAAGGCCAUUUAUCACACUCUGAAUCUCUGUAACAUUGAUGUUACACAGAAAUGUUUGAUCGCAGAGGUCUGGUGCCCCGUUUCUGACCUCGAUUCCAUUCAGUUCGCUCUGCGGAGGGGAACAGAACGGAGUGGCUCCACAGUUCCCUCCAUCUUGAACCGCAUGCAGACCAAACAAACUCCACCUACUUACAACAAGACCAACAAGUUCACCUCGGGGUUCCAGAAUAUUGUGGAUGCUUACGGCAUCGGGACCUAUCGAGAGAUUAACCCAGCACCAUACACAAUCAUUACGUUCCCAUUCCUGUUUGCUGUCAUGUUUGGAGACAUGGGUCAUGGAGUGCUGAUGACAUGUGCGGCACUUUAUCUUGUCAUCAGAGAGACCCGGCUGCUUGCUCAGAAGAGUGACAAUGAGAUGUUUAACAUGAUUUUUGCAGGACGCUAUAUCAUUCUUUUGAUGGGGAUAUUCUCAGUCUACACCGGAUUGAUCUAUAAUGACUGCUUCUCCAAGUCCCUCAACAUGUUCGGCUCAGGCUGGAGUGUGCGGCCCAUGUUUUUCCCUAAGGGAAACUGGACGUUUGAGACUUUGGAUGGUAACACGGUUCUUCAGUUAGACCCUGCUGUUCCUGGCGUGUUUGGUGGCCCCUAUCCUCUGGGCAUUGACCCCAUUUGGAAUAUCGCCACAAAUAAGCUGACUUUCCUGAACUCGUUUAAGAUGAAGAUGUCUGUAAUCCUGGGUGUCAUUCACAUGCUGUUUGGAGUCACGCUGUCCCUCUUCAAUCACCUGUACUUCAAGAAACCUCUGAACAUUUUCCUGGGUUUUAUCCCUGAGAUUGUGUUCAUGAGCAGUCUGUUUGGUUAUCUGAUCCUGCUCAUCUUCUACAAGUGGACGGCUUAUGAUGCAGCAACAUCUAAGGAUGCACCCAGUCUACUGAUUGCCUUCAUCAAUAUGUGUCUUUUCAACUACAAUGACCCCACCAACAAACCCUUGUACAGAGGACAGGCAGGAAUUCAGUCUCUGUUGGUGGUGAUAGCUCUGGCGUGUGUGCCGUGUAUGCUGGUGGUGAAGACUAUGGUCCUGCGCCGUCAGUACCUGUGGAGGAAGCACUUGUCCCAGAUGAGGGAGGCAAGACCUGCAGAGAAUCUAGAAACUUUAGAGCAGACAGGCACCAGCUCACCCACCGGACUCACCCAACAGGGCACGCAGAAGUUCGGUGGCGUCCGGGUCGGAAACGGGCCUACAGAGGACGAGGCGGAGAUCAUUGACCACGACCAGCUCUCGCAGCACUCAGAGGAAGGAGAUGAGCAUUCAGAGGAAGAACCGUUUAACUUUGGAGAUGUGGCUGUUCAUCAGGCCAUUCACACUAUAGAGUAUUGUCUGGGCUGCAUCUCCAACACUGCCUCAUACCUGCGGCUCUGGGCCCUUAGUUUGGCUCAUGCUCAGUUGUCUGAGGUUCUUUGGGGAAUGGUGAUGCAUCUUGGACUGUCCUCAAGGAGUGGAGGCGGAUUCUUUGGCCUGUCGAUCAUUUUCUCUGCCUUUGCCACGCUAACAGUGUGCAUCUUACUUAUCAUGGAGGGACUGUCUGCAUUCCUGCAUGCUCUACGCUUGCAUUGGGUGGAGUUCCAGAACAAAUUCUACACAGGACAGGGCUUCAAGUUUGUCCCGUUUUCCUUCGAGAGUAUCCUGGAGGGUCGAUUUGACGAAUGAGCGACUUCAGCUUUAUCAAAUAUCAUCAAUUCCCACUCCUGCAUGGAUCCUGUCUCACCCUGUCCUCUUCAGGAGCAGUGCUGUCUGGUGAAGUGUUUGUAAGAUGUGACCCCUAACCUCUAAAUGCACAUUUUCCUGGGUGUUUUUGAGAUGUGCUGUGUUCUGUAAGCCUUUCUGCCAGAUUUAUAACCCCACUUUAUGUAAACAGUCCUUCAAAACAGUGUGUUAACUAUAAUGGAUGUUACAAUGUUAAAAAUAUAUAAGGAGUCCUGAUUGGAAAUCUAGAUUGAACAGUUUUAAUUAUUUAGAGGUAUUUCACAAACUGCACUCUAAAAGGGCUUUUCACACUGCUCUUAACCCUGAGUUAUUGCCAUUCUAAACCCCGAUUUUAACCCCAGGUAAAGGAAUGUUAUUGUCACGGAGCGACUGAGACAAGAGACGUGCGGAUCCAAAUGCAAUUCUUUAUUAUAAGACAAGGUCAAAACAGGCUUGGGUCAACACCAGCAAACAGAUAUAAACAGGGCAAGACGAAAGAGUAAUCCAGAGACAGGCAUGGGUCAAACAACGGCGAAUUUAAUCCAAAGGGCGAAGAAAACGGGUAAUCCACAGACAGAUGAGGAGCAGACAAAUUCCGAAACAGCAAGACAGAGGGUUAAUCUAAGACAGGCUAACGUUAUAAUUCCAGGACAGGUAUCAGACAGACAGGACAAGAUAAACCAGGCAAAGAUCAAGACACGGAUGAAACGUGUGGCUCUGUAAUGUUGCUAUUGCUAACACAGUGAUAAACACAAACAAUACUCAUAUUUAAAGUCUGUGUGAUUGCAGGUGAGUGUGUAAUCAGUGCAAUGGAACAUGGGAAAUGUAGUCCAGGGUGACGUGUAACAGUCUGUGUAGUGUGAGUUUUAAUGUAAUCGGAUGGCAACCUCUGGUGGUGAACAGGCAGAAGACCACAGACAGAAUUUAAAAGCAGGGUUAGCAUCAGAUUGGGACAGCAUUAGCACUCACAUACUUUAGUAUUCACAUACUUUGGAUGGCCACAGAAACACUUUAGCGUUUGAGGGGAAAAUGUCAACUGGUUAUGGAAAAUUAUUGUAAACAAUUCACAUGCUCCAUUCUUCCAGUCAAUGACACUGACACUGCAUACAUGCAAAUACAAAUGUUCUAUUUGAUGGGGUUUUAACGGGGUUUAGGAGUGUACUGUGUGAAACAUCAUCUUAAGAAUAGGCAGGAUUAAUUAUUAACCUUGGGUAAAUUAUGACCAGUGUCAAAUGUGAAGCAAGAUAACCCAGGAUUUUUACCUAGUACUUAGAAUGACCCGGGGUUAAUUAUUUAAAGUGUGAAAAUCCUCAAAGAGUAAUAUCCAGCUAAAGCAGCGACCUCCAAUCCUGUUCCUGGAGGUCCAAUGUCCUGCAAAAUUUAGCUCUAACACACUUGCCUGGAAGUUUCUAGUGAAUCUGAAGACCUUAAUUAGGGUUAAAGCUAAAGUCUGCGAGAAAACGGUCCUUGAGGAGCAGAUUUGGACGCCCCUGAUCAAAUUAUUUAUUGUAGAGCAGUGGUUCCCAGCCACGUUCCUGGAGCACAUUUUAAAUGUCUCCUUUUUUGACACACCCAUUUCAUGUCAUGGAGUCUCUGCUAAAGAACUGAUGACCUAAACCAGGUGUGUUUAAAUAAGGACACAUUUAAAAUGUGUAGUUGUGGGGGAGGAGGGCUCCAGAAAUGUGGUUGAGAACCGCUGUUAUAGUGCAGAGAACUGGAAUAAAUUGUUAUUCACUGUAGAAGUUUCAGUGGCGUUUACAUGAAAAUGUUUCGAUUUAAAAAUAUUUCCAGAUUAACAGUGAAAACCUGCAUUUACAUCUAAAGUCAUCAGUAAGUCUAGUCUUUAUGUUUCCACAAACCAUUUAAUUGUAUUUGUAUUGUUGUGAAGGGACAGAUGAAGUACCAUAGAUGGUUGCAGGGAUAUCAUAUUGCCUUGUUAAAACUUAACUGAAAAGUAGUCAACCUUGAUCCCAUCAUGCUAAAAAGCAGUUAGUCAAAAAAUCAACUGCAUUUUACAGAAUAAAGGUUAACAUCCUGUUACUGAGUAAACAAAAGUGGAUAUCAUAAGUCUCAUGAGGCAGCUAGUAAAAGGUGUUAAUGUUUGGUGGACUGUCUUCAGCUGUUUCCUGUUAAAAAGUGAAACAUAUCAACGGAAAUAAAAUAUUGAAGAUUUACUUUAUUAUCUAUUUAUUAGUUGCUGUGUUUGAUUGUUUUGCUGUGGUGAUGUGGUAAGUCUUUGACAUGCAGAAGAGAGUGUGCAUAAAUGAACAUUUCAGUGAGAACUAUACAUUCAGAAGAGUCAAAGCUAUCUGUUGUAAAACCCUGUUCCUGCUAAAUCAGACAAUUAAAGAUCUGGAGACAAUAAA